AAGAAGCCUCCUGCUUUUCCGAAGCAGCCAGCGAAGAACAUGCCUCGCCUCCCAGGGAGCAGCGCCAAGGCGGCAGCUGCAGCCGCAGCCCCCCUUCUCCUCGCUCUUCUCCUCUCCGCCUUGACUGAGUCAGAAGGUGUCUCACUGGCUUGGAUGGGAGGUGAACUGCGGUGCCAGUGCAUACACACUCACUCCAAAUUCAUCCCCCCAAAAAACAUUCAGGAUGUCAAGCUGACCCAAAGUGGGCCCCACUGCAAGAAUGUGGAAGUCAUUGCUACUCUCAAAGAUGGCAGAGAAGUGUGCUUGGAGCCCACCGCUCCCUGGGUGAAGAUGAUCAUCAAGGCCAUACUAGACAAGGCUCAAGGCAAUGCCCCAUAAGCCACUGCAAAGGAAGCUUCAGAAGGUCUCCCAUUUUGCAUCUCUGGAAAAGAAACUGAGCCAUUUCAAUCCAGCCUGAUUUUCACAACAAACCUUUCUGCUGGGGGAUCUGUUUCCCAGGUUUUUUACAACAGCACUUUUAGAAAACGGUAUUUUUAAAGCUUUAACAUCAUACCAGAAGAGCCAAGAGGAAGCGGAAGACUGCUGGCGGGCCAGAAGUGUAGCUCAGUGCUCUGUUUACACCAGAGCUCUGAUCAGAAACGCCCCUGGGAUUCUGUUUGCCUGGGGGCUCGCGCACAUGUGUGAGUCAGAAGGAUCCUGGGACCUGGGAAUCCCCUCUGCUGGUGUGACCUUGGGUCA